CUCCCUUCUGAGCGCUGAGGAGGGGGAGGCGCACAUGCAUGGAGUGAAGCGCUCACACACGGCCACAUUUUCGCAGCCUGCUCUUCGGAGUGACAGCAGCAAGAGGAGUGAGAGAGAGAGAGAGAGAGAGAGAGGGCUGGAAGCAAGGGAGGCAUCCACAGAGGAGACACAAGACCUCAAAGAUCUGGGCAUUAUUGUUCCGUUUGAGCCACAAAAGGACCCCCCCCCCCCCUCACGGCUGAACGGAACUGUGCUACGGGACCUGCACCCUGCAACCUGCUAUGGCCGCCCUGAUGGGACACGGGAGCGCUGCCCCCCUCUCGCCCCGCUCCUCUCGCCGCUGGACGAGCCUCCUCUGGGUGCAGCUGACGCUUCUGAGCCCGGUGCUGGGCUUCAACCUGGACACCACUCACACUUUGCACAAGUUGGGCGACCGCGGCACCUUCUUCGGUUUCUCCCUCGCGCUUCACCAGCAGCUCUCUCCCAACCCUCAGAGCUGGAUCCUGGUGGGAGCCCCGCAGGCUGCAGGGCAGGGUCCGCUGCUGGGCACGCGGCCUGGAGCCCUGUUCAGGUGUCCCAUCACGCCAGAGGAGUACGACUGCGAGAGGGUGAAGAUCGAUGGAGAAGUGAGUCUGGACAGAGAGAGCAAAGACAACCAGUGGCUUGGAGUCACUGUGAAGAGUCAGGGAAUCGGAGGGAAAGUGGUGACCUGCGCCCACCGCUAUGAGCUGAGGCAGCGCGUCAGUCAGCCCUCGGAGACUCGCGACCCCAUCGGCCGCUGCUACGUCCUGAGCGAGGACCUGGCGGUGCGGGACGACGUGGACGGCGGCGAGUGGAAGUUCUGCGAGGGCCGGCCGCAGGGCCACGAGCAGUUUGGGUUCUGCCAGCAGGGCCUGUCCGCCAGCUUCACGCCCGACAACAACUUCAUCCUGUUUGGGGCUCCCGGGACAUACAACUGGAAAGGGGAGAUGCACGUCCAGCUUCUGAACCAGACCUUGCUCGACCUCGGUCUGUACGACGACGGGCCCUACGAGGUGGCAGAUCAGAAGCAGCUGAAUGCCAAGCUCAUCCCCGUGCCCUACCACAGUUACCUGGGGUUCUCUGUGGACUCUGCCAUGGGCAUAAUGAGCCUCCGGGAGCUGACCUUUGUGGCGGGGGCUCCUCGGGCCAAUCACAUAGGAGCUGUGGUGCUGCUGAAGAAGGACAACGUCUACCGGCUGGUGCCACAACACAUUUUCUGGGGCGAGGAGCUGGCGUCGUCGUUUGGGUACUCGGUCGCCACCACAGAUCUAAACAAGGACGGCUGGACAGACCUCAUAGUAGGAGCGCCUAAUUUUUUUGACCGUAAAGCAGAGAUCGGCGGAGCUGUUUACGUGUAUCUGAACCCCUUCGGACACUGGGACGAUCAGGCUCGGCCCAUUCGUCUCAAUGGGACCUACGACUCCAUGUUCGGGAUGACGGUCAGCAACAUAGGGGAUCUGGAUCAAGACGGAUAUGGAGACAUCGCCGUGGGAGCACCGUUUGACGGAGACGGCAAGGUUUUCAUUUACAGAGGCUCGGAUGCUGGAAUCGAGACAAAACCUGCCCAGGUGUUGGACGGCCGCGACUUUGAUGUGAAACGUUUUGGAUAUUCCAUCUCAGGUGGUUUGGAUAUCGACAAAAACCACUAUCCAGAUGUGGCAGUGGGUUCCCUCAAUGACUCGGUGGUUCUCUUCAGGUCUCGCCCAGUCCUUCAUGUGAUCCGAGAGAUAACGAUCAACCCUCAGAACAUAGACCUGGAGCAGCGCAACUGUAAGGGCAGAGAUGGAGUCUGCGUGGAGGUCAAGGCCUGCUUCACCUACACAGCCCACCCAGAGCACUACUCACCACACAUUACCCUGGUGGUGCGUUUUGAAGCGGACACGGAGCGCAGGAAGCUGGGCCUCCCGCACCGCGUCACCUUCCUGGGCCACAGUUCCCUGGAGCCCGAGUACACGCAGAGCGAAGAGGUGGAGCUGCAUCGACAGCGGCACCCCGCCUGCACCACCGCCACCUUCCAGCUGCACGAGGGCAUUCGUGACAAGCUGCGUCCCAUCUCCCUGGUGAUAUCUCACACUAUCAAACCCGUGCCCCCACGCAGACACUCGGGCACCAAGAGACUGGAGAAGUUGGCACCUGUGCUGAACAUUUCCCCCUCGAAUACGCUUCACUCUGAAGUGAACUUCCUGCGAGAAGGUUGCGGAAGUGACAAAAUCUGUCAGAGCAACCUGAAGCUGAGUUACCAGUUUGGAACGCGACCCCUGACCUCUGACCUCUUCACCCCCCUGCCAACGGACGAGGAUGGCGUGCAGGUGUUCUCCCUGUCCGAUCAGCGGCUGCUGGUGCUGGAGAUCACGGUCACCAACGCGCCCUCUGACCCGCUGCUUCCGGAGGAGGACGGCGACGACGCUCACGCCGCGCAGCUGAACGUCUCGCUGCCAAACACGCUGUCGUACGCCGGCUCCAGGAUCCCACAGCAGAUGAGCUGUCAAGCCAACCAGAAUGGCUCUCAGGUUGAAUGCGACCUGGGAAACCCAGUCAAACGAGACGCUAAGCUGAAAUUCUCCAUCAACCUGAGCACGUCGAACAUCACCAUCGAGACCACUGAGCUGAGAGCAGAUCUCCUUCUGACGACGAUCAGUGAGCAGCUCGACCUGGUCCCAGUCACAGCAUUUGCUAAAGUUGUGAUAGAGCUCCCCCUGUCUGUCAGCGGACUUGCCCGACCCCACCAGCUGUUCUUCAGUGGCGCUGUAAGAGGAGAGAGCGCCAUGACGAGCCUGGAGGACAUCGGCAGCCCAGUCGAUUUUGAGUUUGUGGUUACUAAUCCUGGGCAGGUUCUGCAGACACUUGGCUCGGCCUUCUUAAACAUCAUGUGGCCUUAUGAACUAGCCAAUGGCAAAUGGCUCCUGUAUCCUGACAGCCUGACCUUUGAGGGUCAACCCGGCACAGAGUGCGUCCCCACAGGCGCCUUGAAUCCUCUGAAGCUGCAGAGCUCUGCUCCUGCAGAGAGUUCUGACAAGCACCAGGGGGGGAGGACACGCCGCUCCCACCCAGAGGAAGCGGGUCACGUCCUGACCAAAGGCAGCCCGGGACGAAGCACCCCAGCUGUGGCAGCGUCAGAGAAACGCAAGUCGCUCAAACUGGACUGUCUCUUGGGGUCGGCGCGCUGUGUUCUGUUGCAGUGUCCUCUCCACAGCUUCUCGGGUCAGGCUGUGCUCAGGAUCCACGCCAGGCUGUGGAACAGCAGUUUCACAGAGGAUUUCCCAGCAGUCAGUGCCCUGGAGCUGCUGGUCAGAGCGAACAUCACGGUGAAGUCCAGCAUCAAGCACCUGCUGCUCAGAGACGCUGCUGCACAGGUUCCGGUCAUGAUCUACCCUGAACAUGGUCUUGCUGACCAGUACUGGAUCCCCUGGUGGAUCAUCCUCAUUGCCAUCCUGGCCGGGAUCCUGCUGCUGACUCUGCUGGUCUGCAUACUGUGGAAGUGUGGCUUCUUCCGACGGGCUCACUACAAAGACAAACUGCCUCAGUACCACGCGGUGAAGAUCCCUCGCGAGGACCGGCCCCAGUUCCAGACUGAGAAGUCAGGAGUGGUCCAUAAAAAGGAGUGGGCCACGCACUGGAGCGACGGGACCUCGUAACGCUCUCCCCGACGCACCGACUGACUGAAUUAUCAAAAUCACCAGUGUGACACUAAAAACUACUCAAACAUGCACACAGACUGAUAUGAUGUGCACUCUGUACUGUGUCAGUACCUGCUUCACUGUGACUGGAUCCACACGCUCACCCACUGAUCGUCAGCCUUGGAUGGUUUAUUCAUAUCAUGCGUCUGUAUCGGUGUUACAGAAAACACUGCAGGUCAGUAACAGUGCAGCACAUGUUCAGCAGCUCCAUAUAGACUUUGCUGUCUGUCAUCAGUUCUGACUGACACAAAAAAAAGACUACAACCGCCAGACACGCAUGGAUGCACAAGCAUAGAACAUAAAACAAGAGACACACAAACACUGGACAAUAGGAGGAGGCCACUGCUCAUGACAAAGACUACUUUUCUACUGUAAGACUGACCGCUGAGGCACUGAAAAUAUAUAUAUAUUUGGAUGCUCUUUUAGUGGAAGUGUUGGAACGUGGGAAUGAAAGAAGUAAAGUUGCAGGAGGUCGAAUGUGUUUCUGGGUUCGCUAAUUGCUCUGGUUUUGCAGAAAAUGUGUUGAAAAGAAUCAACAUUUCAGUUUGUACUGUAUUAACAUAUGUUCUCAAGAAUCAGCCAAAUGAACUGUAUGCAUGAAGAAACCAUAUCUAAUUCACAUUCUGUCCUUUUGCAUCGUUAGACAUUAAAUGAGGGAUGUUGAAUAAAUGUCCUCUCUAUGAAGGACAUAAAUUUAAUCUCAGUGUAUUUAAUGACUAUGUUUGGAAACACAACCCAGAGUCACUGAAUUACACAUUUAAAUAGUGAGGUUUGAUUAUUUUAUUGUUUUUGCUGAGAUGUAAAAAUGUUUCCGUUUUGUCUCCAAACUGAGCAGAAACAUAUUAACCUGUUUGUGGCACUGUUCCUGAUGAUGUGCUCAAAUCAAACCAGCCGGGGCAACACUGCUCAUUAAGUCCUUCACUACUGAUAUUUGUACAUGUAAACAAGUGCCUUAUGGUAAAAGUGGCAGGUUUCAGAACUCGAGGCUUCUGCACAUGAGAACCUGCAGCCCUGAAGCAUCUGGAGGACGGUAACGAGCAUCCGUCCAGCUCGACAGGAACAGAAGACGCCCCGCGGUGCCGAGGACAAAUGAGGUGAAAAGCAUGAAGAGCCAAGAGUUUUUGGGUAUUGCUGGACAAUCUUGUAUUAGAUGCAUGAAACUGCUGUUGCUGUGCUGCCUUCACUUGUUUUUGUUUUAUUUAUUUUUUUUGUUUAGCUGCACUGUAAAUAAAAUGAAAGAAACAAUAAACCCAGUACAAACAACAAUA